AAUGUCUCCGACCUGAAGCCCAAGACUGUGAGAUCGAGCACCUGUUGGAAGCUCCAAGCAGCUGGACUGUGAUAUUCGAUAAUCCGAUCGUGAGGAAUGAAUUAAGUACUGUGAUGACCACCCCCGAUGAUAAAGUGUGGUGUUUGAAGCCUGCUGAAGGUGAAAAGCUGGGUGGAAUUGAAGUCAAAAAGGACAAAAAUGAUGGAAUUAGAGUUGAAAAGAGCCAACCCAAGGCCCCCACCUACCAAGAAUCAGCGGAAAUGGGUCAAAAAGAUAAAGAAAUACAAACCUCAUCCAUAAAGCUUAAAUAUGUCGACGAUGAUGAAACCGAUGACGAAAAUGAAUCAUGUGAACGGUAUUGGAAAGACGCUGAAGAUUACAAAUUAGAUAGACAGUUCGACUCUGGUGGACCUUGUUACCAGAAUGAGCGCCGUCUUGAAAAUGAGAGUUUUCCCCCUAAACAAUUCCGUGGUUAUAAUGCUUCUUCCA